CUCACACAGAGACACUCACGCAGAGAGACAGGGACACUCACCCACACAGAGCCUCUGCCAUGGCCAUGUUAAUGGAGCACCAGUUCAAGCAGCUGCCGGCGGACAGGCAGAUCGACACCAAGUCUUUCCUGGACAGCGUUUCCCACCUUCCGCCCUUCUUUGAUUGCCUCGGUUCAACAGUAUUCUCUCCCAUCAAGUCAGAUGUGAACGGCAACAUCUCUAAAAUCAAAGCAGUUUAUGAGUCAAAUCCUGUAAAAUACAAAACCUUGCAGCUGAUUUUAGAGGGAGAGAAGGAGCAGCACAGCACAGAGUGGCCUAUGGUUGGAGCUACACUGGCUCUUAUGUGGUUGAAAAGGGGUUUGAAGUUCAUCCAGGUUCUGCUGCAGAGCAUUGCUGACGGGGAACGGGACGAAGCGAAUCCGAAUCUCAUUCGAGUAAACGCAAAGAAAGCCUAUGAGCUAGCCCUCAAGAAGUACCACGGCUUUUUAGUAAAAAAUCUCUUUCAGACCGCACUUUAUGCUGCCCCAUACAAAUCCGACUUCUUGAAGGCUUUGUCCAAGGGGCGGGAUGUCAAAGAAGAAGUAUGUAUAGAAAAGAUCCGUCAGUUUUUAAUCAACUUCUCGGUGACUGUGGAUGCCAUCUACGCCAUGUACACAAAAAUGAACGCAGAGAUGGAAUACAGAGUCUAACCAACCCACGGAUUCUCUAACCUUUACUUUUCUAAUCAAAUCCCUCUCUUUCUCAGCAAUAAGGUACUGUGAUCACUGUGAUUGGAUUACUUUCCAGGCUGCUAUGCCAUUAGUAUUCAUUAAAUGGCAGUAAUGUGUUUUGAAGGGAAGCACUAGAACGUAAAGCAGCUGUUGUAUGUAAGUGAAUCACUGUGGACCUAACCAGAUUCAUACCGUAUCAAAUUGGAUUGAUCUCUUCAGUCCUGCCUUUCACUGAUGGAAAUCGAGGGUGUAUAUUUUUUGAAAAGAAAUGUCUUUGCUUUCCUUCAGAAACACCAUCAUGGUUUUUAUGCCCUAACUAAUAUUUUGUAUUCUAUUAAAAUAAAAAAAUAAUAAUCCUUGCAUUUGA